AUGGUUAAGUUCCUGAAGCCGAACAAGGUGGUGGUGGUGCUGCAGGGCCGCUAUGCCGGCCGCAAGGCGGUGAUCGUUAAGAAUUUCGACGACGGAGUUGCCGGCCGGCAGUACGGCCACGCGCUCGUUGCCGGGAUCUCCAAGUAUCCCCGCAAGGUCACGAAGAAGCUCACUCCCAAGACCCUCGCGAAGCGUUCGCAAGUGAAGGCCUUCAUCAAGCUCGUGAACUACAACCACCUCAUGCCCACUCGGUACCAGCUGGACGUGGACCUCAAGAGCACGGUGACGGCUGACAAGCUUGAGAGCUCGGCCAAGCGGGUGGAGACCAAGAAGGAGCUGAAGAAGAUCUUUGAGGAGCGAUUCAAGACGGGCAAGAACAGAUGGUUCUUCUCCAAGCUCCGGUUCUAA